AUGUCGUUUUACGCAUCAGAACCCACACCUCGCCAGCACACCGGCUACGACGCGGGAACAGACAGCAUGGCUCAGAGACCUCCCCCGUGGGCCCCUUCGCCAACGUACAGCCCGCCUGGGUCGGAAGGCAGCUAUGCCUACGAGCCUGAGCCUGCGCGGCUCCCGCAUCCGAUGAGCAUGAACCCGCAGCCCAGGACCGCCAUGCGCGAACACCAGCCUGAUCAUCACCAGCCCGAGUACCAACACGCCCAAUACUAUCGCCAGGACUAUCACCGCCAACACCGCCAUCCCGAAUACCACCAGUCGCCUUCGCCAGUCCACCACCAGCCACCGCCGCCGCCGUAUCAGCAUUACCAACCGCCUCCGCAGCAACCCGCCCAGCUCUCAGAUCCAUACAGGUCGGCGCCCGUGCCCAGGUAUCCCCAGGAUUCGCCGACGUCGGCUUCGGUCGGUGAACCCUACGACGAGUACCAAGCGGCGAGAGAGGCCCACUUCCUCAAGCGUAACCAACCCCCGCAGAUGCCGGAGAUGCCGCAUGGCGCGCCGCGCGUGCUGAACGACACAUAUCAGGGAAAGGUUGCCAUCCCCUUCACGCCGCCGAGCCUAAGGAUCCCCGCGCAGCGGUGCGGGUCCGCCAUGCCGGCGGCCGGAGCGCCAUGUAGCGCCACUAGCCAGCCGGACAGGGUCAAGAUCGAGGAUCUCCUGAGCGGCGGAGGUCUCGACACGAGGUCGAUCCAGCGCGUCCCGGAGCCGGACGUCAAGGUGGUUAAGAACGAGUACGAGAUAUUCUUCCGCCAGCAGCCCAGGGCGGCGCGGUGUUGCGGUUACGGCGAACGGGAUCGGAGGGUCAUUGACCCGCCACCCAUCGUCCAGCUGAGGAUCAACAACCCCGACCUCACGCCUGACGAGCUGUACCAAAAACUCCACCACCCGGCCUACGUUGUCCACUGCAGCCUCUGGGACGAGGCGGGGACCGGCGACUGCACCAACAUGGACGAUAGCAUGGUGAGGCCCGGCAAGCGCAUCAUGGGCUCGCUCGUGUCGUCGCCCUUUGUGGGCCUGGACGAGAACGGCGAGGAGGGCUGUUUCUUCUGCUUCCCCGACAUGUCGGUCCGCACAUCUGGCCACUACCGCCUCAAGUUCGUCCUGGUCGUUGUCGACGCUGAGCACCGGUCGUUGCGGGCGCCCAUCCGAUCCUCCAUCACGAGCGACGUGUUCCAAGUCUACAGCGCCAAGGAAUUCCCGGGCAUGCAGGCCAGCACGCCUCUCACCAAGCGCCUCAAGGAGCAGGGGUGUCUCAUCUCCAUCAAGAAGGGCAACGAAAAGUCGGGCGGCAAGAACCCGCGCCGGCAGCAGGACGACAGCGAAGAAGAAGAGGACGACGACGACGACGAGUGCGGGACCUCGGCCAAGCGCAAGAAGACACGGAAGCAGAAGUGA